UGAAGAACCGCGUCUGCGCAGGUCCAUUGAUCGAAUGGCAGAACGUCACUCAUCUGCCAGACUUUAUCACAACAACAAUUCGCCCUCAGCUCUGGAUCAACUUAGGCACUGAACACGUAUCCUGGAAAGCAAAGCACCUCUGACGAAAACACCCAAGAACCGAACUUGAACCACUCACUGCGUCACCCUUCUCGUGCGCAGUCCACAUUCCAAUCCAUCCCAACCACCCCAUCCAAAAUCCUAGUCUCAUUGUCUCCAAGUCCACCAUGUCUACAUUUCUCCGGCCCGCUGGACGAAUGACCUCGAAGCUCGCGACCGCAACUGCGACGUCGUCCGUGCGCCGCACAUUCUCAACAACCCGACCCUCCCAACUGGCGCGCAUGACGCUGGUCGGUCGUCUUGGAGCAGACCCCGAAAUCAGCGAAACUCGUCAAGGCCAUGUCGUCAAAUAUGUGGUGGGCACCAACCACGGACCGAGAGACAAUCGCCAGACUUCAUGGUACCGGGUGGCUGCGUUUCCUCCGGAGGGACCACAGCGGGAUUACCUUUUGGGAUUGAGCAAAGGGACGCUGGUCUACCUCGAGAGCGAUGCGACGAUGCGGACGUACGAGGAUGCGGAUGGCAAAAAGCAGAGUUCGUUGAACUUGGUGCAGACGAAAUUGGAGGUGUUGAAGAGGCCUACGCCGAGAGAUGAUGAUGGCUCACAUUAGAUCUGGGAUCUGGAGCUUGAGUUUUUCAAGGUGAGGGUGGGUAGGAUUAAAUUCCGACAACUGUAUGGUGAUACUGGAGUGGAUUCAUAUGUACAAUCACAAUCUGGAGCUCGCGAUGAGGUGAUGAGAUGGGAGUACUGAGUUUGACUGGGGAUGUUGUUUUGACCCUGUAUAUCGCCGCUCAUGACACUGCAGUCGGAGGCUCUUGGAAGCCGUCUAGGGGACGAAGGUUGGGAAAUCUCCAUCCGUUCACAAUGUACCACACGAAUCCUCCAAACUGAAAUUCCCAAUGGCAUCGAUCAGCAGACGCCGUAGUACACAGAGCACUGCCUAAUGGUCACGGUUUGUACUGCUUAGCGGACAAGCACUCCGGUUGCCGCUGCUAGGCUUUGCGUCGCAGUAUGCACCCUCGUGGCCUCAAGUCCCGCGCUUUCUGUAUCCAUCGUGUGUACAUCUGUCUUGCCUCUGCUCCCAGUCCAAAAAACAAAAAGAAUACAUAGCCAGUGGCGAUCUGCGCCCAUCGGUCAAUACUGAGUCUCCCGGGAUCUGGGACCAAGAUGAUCUUCUCGGACCAAUCCGGUGGAUGGAUGUAAGACCACGAAUAUGGAUGCAGUUGUACCCUGAUAUUGCGAUCGAAUGUAAGGAUUGCC